AAGCAUCCCUUGCCCCCACCCUCACCCCAAAGCCCCCAGUCCCAUCUGGGGCCCUGGGCAGGUCCGGCCCAGCCCCACCCCGUCGAGUUGCCUUCGCCCUGGGUCUGGGAUGCCUGACUCUUUGCCCCUCCCCUGCAGCUCUAGAGUCCUUUGCCCUCCUCUUCCUGCCAAGUCAGGGGGCCCUGACUGCUCCCCUGCCCCCUGUCCAGGCCCUCGGGAGGCUCCCUGAGGCCUCUGGGAAAGCAGGAAUCCACCAGCCCUCCCCCACCCCAGCUGGGAUCAGGACCUUGGACAGAAAAGAGAUGGGCCCCUUCAGAGCAUCUUUGGGACUCGCUGUCUCUCUGACUCCCUGGCCACCCCCUGCAGGCCUCUGACCCCUCAUCAUAGCAAUUGAGAGCAGCAAACAGAGUAGGUUUGGGGCCUCCGUUGGGUGAACUUAGUCCAGCUCCUUCCCCGCUCUAAGCCCCGGUUUCCCCAUUUGUGAAACAGAGUCACUAAUAGCUUCUGCCCAGGAUUUCUCUCACCGUGAAGGGAAAUUAUUCCUGUGAAACCUCAGCACAGCGCCCGGGAAGUAGUGAACCUCCCCAAGCAGGCGCUAUAGGGUGAAGGUCAGGGAGCCCCUGGGGAGGGGUGGCCCCUGCAGCCCCCAGGCCACCCUUCCUUCUCCCCCACACCCCAUCCCCCACCCCCACUAGGUGGGAGGUGGGUUGGCCCAGAUCUUUCCAGGCCACCAUUUCCACAAGUUAAUGAUCACAGACCUUAUCAGAGCCUUUCGCCAUUUAUAAAUUUAUAAAACAAAAGAGAAAUAAUAAAGCAUGUGGGUAAUUAGUAACUAGGUCAGCUCUGCCGAGGAGAGGGGAGGCAUCGAGCUCAGGACCCACCCAGUUCUCCAGGAGACGGGGAGUCCGCCAGUGGAUGGGAAUGUAGAACGGGGAGCCUCUAAUGGCGCCUGCUGGUGAGGUGGGGUGCCUGUGGCCACACAGGAAAGGGGAGCAGCUCCCACCUCGAGGCUCUGUCUGCCUCAGAUGUCCCACCGAUGGCCGAGUGCCAGUCAGUCACGGCCUCAGUGCAAGACCUCGUCCCUCCCAGAAAGCCGUGGCUCCGGACUCCACCCACUGAAAACAGGGCUUCUGUGGGACUGCAACGGGACACGAAGAAAAACAUGCUGAACCUGGUCUCCAUGGGACCUGAGCUGGAGCUGAGCUUUCGCUCGCCGUCCACCACUGCUGUUUGCCACCAUCGCAGACCCGCCGCUGACUUCCAUCCCUCCGGAUCCGGCAGGGUGUCCACUAUGCUCCUGAUCCAGCAAGGCGCCCAUUGCCGCUCCCCAUCCUGCGUCAUAUUAAGGCUUGCCAUUGUUCCUGCACGGCUAAGUGCCUGGGGGCCAGUGAUGUUUUGGAAGAAGGAGAGGGCACACAGCCCCCUGGUGGAUGCUCUCGGAACUCUAAGGGUUGGAGACACACACCUCUUCUACCCACCUGCCCAUUUCAAGUUGAUAUUUUUGUUUUUGAGACGAAAUCUUGUUAUGUUGUUCGGGCUGGUCUUUGAACUCCUGGCCUCAAGCAAUCCUCCUGUCUCAGCCUCCCAAAGUGCUGGGAUUACAGGCAUGAGACACCAUGCCCAGCCCAUCUACAAUGCCCAGCUCACAUAAACAUCUUGAUUCAACAUACGGAAGACUUCAGGAGGGCAUCAAAUUUUAAAGACUCAAGGUGGUCCUAUCUAGAAUCAACCUUAAAGGGAAGGGAUGGAGGAAAAGACGACUGACAAAUUUUUUUUUU